CAGUUUCGAAGAGUCGUGCAACGAAAGCAGUUGAUACCAUCUGUCGUUAAAAGCUGUACUGCGUCUGUGUCUGAGUCUGGAGUUGUUUUGUGUGUAUAACUAACGUGGGCCGCAGGAGAAGUCACACCAUGAAAAAUAAUUAUAACGCGAUUUUACUGGCGUCCUUCGUGACAUGGUCGGGGGUACUGUGUAGCUCUGUAUUAGGCACCACAGAGGGCCAGGAAACACCUCUCGCACUUCCUGUGGCGGAGCAGACCCAGCCCACGACAACCAUACAAGGGGAAGUAUGGGAGGAAGACGAUCACGAAGUAUUAAUAAGGAACGAACGUGGUACCAAAAGCGACGGUUUGUCGUGCCGAUAUGGCAAGAACCCGUGGACUGAGUGCGAUACAAAAACUAAUACUCGUUCCAGAACCUUAACAUUGAAAAAGGGCGAUCCAGCAUGCGACCAAACGCGAACCAUUCAAAAAAAGUGUAAAAAAGCAUGCCGAUAUGAAAAGGGAUCCUGGUCGGAAUGCGCAACUGGACAAAUGACUAGAGCUGACAAAUUAAAAGCGAGCAGUGAUCCGUCCUGCGAAGCAACACGGGUCAUUAAGAAGAAUUGCAAGCCAGGAAAGUCUAAGGACAAGAGUGCCAAAGAACAGCGCAAGAACAAAGAUAAAGCUGCCCGCAAAGGACGCGUUUAAAAAUUUAAUAUUCGAAAAUUUAAAAUGCCCCAUAUUCGUUUGCAUCACUCCGAUGCAAAUAAUUUAAGUUAAACUUAUUUUUAAAUCAAUUUAAAACAAAAGAACGUAAUGACAUUAAGAGUCUGCUAUGUAUACCCGAAAAGCAUUUUAAUUAAAUGCAUAUUCUGAAUAAUGUUGUAGUUUGGUUUUCAAGCAAACGAUAAACUUAAUAUUAACGACAGUAAGUUCGACUGUACAACAUAAUAUCAACUUUGCGAAAAUAAGCAUAUAUAUGCAAUGCAGAAUAACAAAAUAUUUAUACAAUACCAUACCUACAUAAAAACAAAACUAUUUAGUUUAUUCCAAAGGAAAAAUCAUGCAUCAACGCCGAUCCAUCACUUCCCGAAAUAAAUGAAACUGAAAAGGCAGUUGCCUUAUCGAUAUAAAAUUAAAUUCUUCAAUUGUGUGACUGUCUCCCUAUUCAUAAAUUUAGCAGAGUUACUUUAAAUUGAAUUUAAAUAAUAUUAACCACAAAUCUAAAAUAAAAUCCAAAAAAAAUAAUCUGAUUAUUGAUGUAAAAUUUGGUGAACAACAGCUUCUGUAUCUGAUCUCAUAAAAACCAGAACGGCAUCGCGGAAAAAUCAUAAAUUAAAUACUUAAUUUAAAGUGGUGGUCAAUGUGUGUCAUUCGCAGAUAAUAAAUAAACAAAACACUUAGUGUAAAUAUUGUAAAAAACAAAAACAAACUAUAAAAAAAAAAAACUAACAGAUAAAGAAAGUUUCACGGCGGGUCUAGAUAAAAGGUCCGUCGUAGUUACAAGGUAGGCGAUUGGCAUUUUAAAGUAGUUUACAACUUACUUUCACUGGGUACAAUUAAAGCAUAGAUUUGGUAAUACCAUUUCCAAAAUUAAUGAUCAAGUAAAAAUACAGACAUAAAUACUUACACACAUACUUAUUCUGGUCAACAAUUUAACCAUUUCAAAGACGUGGUUUAUCUUUUUAAUAAACACAUAUAAAAACUUAGAACGUUAACUACAACUUAAUGUAUUUGUCUGUAAGCAGUUUUACAACCAUUGACAUACAUCUAUUACUACAAAGUAAAGCAAAACGGCUCACUCGCACAUGCGAGCUUACACAUCAUUGGCAGGGGCAGUAUUAAUUCGAGUCUUAAUUCCAAAAGGAAAAGCAUUGAACUCCCCCAAAGUAAAGUGAAAUUUGUUUACGUACGUAUAAAACACAAGAAAAAGUAACUGAACUUUAAUAAAUACAAGUAUUACAGAAUUAAA